GUUCUUCAGUGCAAUGUUGAACAAGAACGCUCCAAGUUUCAUAACUGCACGUGAUAGUUUUUGAGCAAGUGAAACAUUGCAUUGACAAAUCAAGCUACUAGAAACAAGUGCCUUACUAGUAGUAACAAGAAGCAUUGACAAAUCACACCCUUCGAGCUUGCGCCCGGAAAUGGGUUGCGGUGGCACCAAGAGCGCAGAAGGAGCGGAAUCUCCAGGGAUGCCCCCGGGGCCAGUGGAAGCAAAGCCGCCUGCAAAACCAACGCCAGCUGCAGAUGGGGCACAAGGCUUGCAAUCGGACGAUCCUGAGGUGUUGAGACAAGCACUCUCCAAUGCCUUAUCUCGUGGGCAGCGAGGUCCUGAAAUCACGGAUGCUGAAGCACGCUUGCGAGCAAAGCUCCAAAUUCCUGCAGACUGGGACUUAAAGACAUUCUGUGCUGGAAGGAGACUUGAAGGUGGGCUUGGUGGAAGGAAGGCGUCCACUGUGGUGGCCUUCCAGCCACAGCCUCCACAGGUGGUCAAAGCGAUGCAAUCCGUGCUUGAUGGAACUUAUCGUAAAGUCUACACCCGGGACCGACGUGGAGCACCCAUACCUGACCGCUUCACGGUGAAAGAGGUUCACCGCGUUCUCAAUGACCAGGUCUGGAGAGAGUAUGAGUCGCAGCGGGAUGCUGUGCGAAAGGCAUGUGCUGCUCAGCAAGCGGAGUUGCCAGAUGGAUCUCACACAGUGAACCACUUGAAACAGAGCGGCGGCCUUGCUGCUUUGCCGCCGUUGGAUGAAGCAUUGGCCCCAAUCUGGCGACUUUCGGAUAAUCAGGAAAAGCUCAUGGGCUUGGAUCCAAAUUAUUCCUUUGUCCUGCCCUGUUAUAUAGGGGAAUUCGUGUGCACCAGCACUCUGUUUGAAAGGAUUGAAACGGGAUAGCUCAUGUGUUUGGAGACUCUGGAGUUACUGCUGACACAGUGGAUCAUGCUAUAGUGAUAUC